AGUUACGCAUGCGCAGAAGCCUGCGUAAUUUGUUGAUAUCCUGUUUGGUUUGUAGUAUUCGCAGAGGCUUUGCUCGUUCGAAUCCAAAAUUAGUAAGCACCGUCGGUUUCGUUUGAGAGUGGAUGCGCUAGUCAAGAGAAGGUCAUCUGUAUGAGGGACUAAUGGAAGACACACGGGAUUUGGCUGAGCGCACCCCGCGUUCAGAGCGGAAGAGAAGAGAUUCGUUUGGGAUGUUUGAUGGCUAUGACAGUUGUAGUGAGGAGUCAACCAGCAGCUCCAGCUCAGAGGACAGCGAGGAUGAGGUGGUUUCCUCUCUCCCUGCCAGUCUUCCCAUCAUCAAGAACAAUGGCCAGGUCUAUACUUAUCCUGAUGGAAAGGCUGGAAUGGCCACCUGUGAAAUGUGUGGAAUGAUUGGAGUCCGAGAUGCUUUCUAUUCCAAAACAAAGCGUUUCUGCAGCGUUUCUUGUUCCAGGAGCUAUUCUUCCAAUUCAAAAAAAGCAAGCAUAUUGGCUAGACUCCAGGGCAAGCCUCCAACAAAAAAGGCAAAAGUCUUACAGAAACAACCUCUUGUAGCAAAGUUGGCAGCUUACGCUCAGUACCAAGCAAGUCAACAGAACCAGGCCAAAUCAAAAGCUGUGGUUCCAUCUGAAAGCUUUGACUGGGGACCGUAUAUCUGUGUCAAUAACACAUCUGGAGCUCCAGUCAGCUGUUUCAAGCAUGCUCCCAUGGGGACAUGCUGGGGCGGUAUUGAGGAAGGUGUGAGAAUUGAAGUGCUCAACUCUGACACCAAUCACUCCACUAAGGUUUACUGGAUAGCAGAAAUUGUUAAGCUAGCAGGCUUCAAGGCUCUCCUGCGUUAUGAAGGUUUUGACGUUGACAGCAGUAAGGACUUCUGGUGUAAUCUUUGUAUCCCUGAAGUUCAUCCUGUGGGCUGGUGUGCUUCGAGCGGUAAACCUCUUGUACCGCCAAAAAGCAUACAGCAUAAGCAUUCGAACUGGAAAGCAUUUCUUGUGAAGCGUCUCACUGGAGCUAAAACACUGCCACCCGACUUUAAUGUCAAGGUACAUGAAAAUACACAGUUCCCUUUUAAGAAGCUGAUGCGGGUAGAGGUGGUGGAUAAAAAUUAUCUUUGCCGGACACGAGUGGCCUUGGUGGAGCAAGUCAUUGGAGGACGGCUCAGGCUGGUCUAUGAAGAGAGCCAGGAUGGAUCCGAUGACUUCUGGUGUCACAUGUACAGUCCUCUAAUUCAUAAUAUUGGAUGGUCGCGCAGCAUUGGACAUCGGUUUAAAAGAUCUGAUAUAACAAAGAAAAUUGAAGGUCAAGUUGAUGCCCCGCCACAGCUCUUCCAAAAGGUGCGAGAUGUGGACCAAAGUGUGGAUUGGUUUAAGGAUGGCAUGAAGUUGGAAGCUAUUGACCCUCUCAAUCUCUCAGCAAUAUGUGUAGCCACUGUAAGAAAGGUGUUGGCAGAUGGGUAUCUUAUGAUUGGAAUUGAUGGUUCUGAAGCGGUUGAUGGAUCAGACUGGUUCUGCUACCAUGGCACCUCACCCUCCAUCUUCCCCGUUGGCUUCUGUGAAAUCAACAACAUUGAACUGACCUCCCCUCGAGGUUACACUCAGCUGCCAUUUAAAUGGUUUGACUACCUCAGAGAAACUGCUUCAAUAGCUGCUCCUGUAAAGCUCUUUAACAAGGAAGUUCCCAAUCAUGGUUUCCAACGAGGCAUGAAGCUGGAGGCUGUUGACCUGAUGGAGCCACGUCUGGUGUGUGUUGCUACAGUGACAAGAAUUGUACAUCGGCUCUUAAGGAUCCACUUUGACGGCUGGGAAGAUGAGUAUGACCAAUGGGUAGACUGCGAAUCACCUGAUCUUUAUCCUGUGGGUUGGUGUCAGCUGACGGGGUAUCAACUUCAACCCCCAGCCUCCCAGAGUACCAGAGAAAUGUCUCAGUCACUCCCCAAACAGAAGAAAAAGGCCCAGCAGUAUAAAGGCCAAAAGAAAAAGAGGAAGAUUCCGGUUGGACGGCGGCCCUUCUCUCAGACAGUCAGGAGGAGAAGCUUUUCAGGGGAUGAAGAGCAGAGUCCACCCUUUUACCAUGUUGAGGGGCCAACCCAGCUCCAACACCGAACUCACCUCCACCAAACCCAUAAAUCAGACUCACUCCUACGAAUGAAGGAGGAGAUGAUGGAGGCGGAUGAGUUCAACUUUUCCCAGGGCACCUCGGAUCAGGAGAGUAAUGGCUCAGGAACAUUCUACAUUAAACAGGAACCUUAAGGUCUGGGGUUCAAACCAGGACUCAUGGGAGAAGGAUUGUGCAAGAAGUCUGGAGAAUCGGUGUGAGUUCAGAUUACACCUACAGGCACAUAUUUCGAAACGGAGAAGUAAGGUAAUGAAGAGAACAUGGUCAGUUCCUUGCCUGUUGAAAAAAAAAAUGGGUAUCCUCCGCAAUCAUUUCCAUAAGUGUGUAUAGAUUACAGAUGUUAGGAGCUCCGUUCUCCUGUCUAAACAUUCAACUAAGCUAUUUUUUUAAUAUAUGAACAAUAAAACAACCUUUCCUACGUACUCCAUGUCAGUUUCAGCUGCCCUAGGCCUGCAUAAAAUGUGAUAACUAUGUAUUGAGGUGGGUAAAAUUGGGGGUUUUUUUUCGUUUGUUGGUCGAUUUUCUUACACGUUACUUAGCCACUGAACACAGAAAUUCUAAAUCACCUGACCUAAUAGAAGCUAGCACAAAGAAGAACAAUGUAUUUUCUUUCCCUUUAUUAUUUACAUAUGAUAUACCGGUAGUUGAAAUAAUACUUGAAUUUUUCACAUGUUUUUGUCUUAACGUAGUUUUUACAUUUGCUAUUGAUGGCUUGUGGUGAAUCCUGAAAUGUAAAUUCAAGUGAUUAUAGCGAUUAGUAAGUGGAAAACAACAUUCAACAAAAUGAAAAGUAUAUGUAUUUUGGGUUUUAAUGAUAAUCUAGUCAUCCAAAGUACUGAAAAUGCUGCGUAAAAUUGCUCAAAAUCCUGA